AUGGUUCCACGCGCCAAACUCAGGGGCUCCAUGCUCUCCACCUUGGGGCUCUGCGCUCAAAACCAAUGGGCUACGCGCUCAAACCAAGGGGCUUUGCGCUCUGCCGCUGGGGCUUUGCGCUCCACUUCUGGGGCUCCGCGCUCCAACCAAUUUGUCCCUAGGCACACGGACUAUGAUGAUUUCGCUGACAACAGUGACCUCCCAGGCGACUAUGACGAUCUCCCACCAUCUUCUCCUUUUUUGCCUGCUACGCCUCGAGGUUCAAAUGCAGCCCAUGGUCGAUCCCAGUACACACCCGUCUGCGUGAAGACAUCCGCCAUUCUAUUGCCUCUACGUCUGACAAUUGGAAAUGAUCUCGUGGUGAUUACGAAACUAUCAGUGAGGCCGACGACAUCGAGACUGCCAUGGUGGAUGAUAGGCAAUGGGCCAGGAUGUGUGUACAUCGUCUACAUCUUUAUUUUAUUUUAUUUUCUCAGCAUACCUUUCGAAUCGCAGGACAGGACAAGCAUGGAUCAAAGGUCUACUCUUGGUCAUCACCAUCCUAAGCCACAUGUUCGCGCUACAUCAAAGGCAUGCAUGGGACCUCCAAACCAAAACACUACGCACUUGCCAUCUCGUUCGGCAGUUGUGCCCUACUCUGAGGGCUCUCCGUCUUCGCGCCAAUAUGCCUCACGUGUUCGGCCUGCUCAUGUCUUGGAUCGCCGUUUACUUGCUCCUCGGCGAGCACCCCCUUCUGCUGUUCCCCCUCAUAUCAUCCCGCGUGAUGGCAUCUUUCAGCUCGACAUUGAUGACGACAUCUGGCAAGAUGUUGGGCUAGAUGAUGACCCUCUGAACCCUCCAGCAUGGCUAUCGGAUGACAAGAGGGCCGUCCUUCAAGAAUGGAUGUUAGCGGAGUGGGACAGUACGCAAACUGCCUUGAAUAAAGCAGUCGCAGAUCCAGUGAUGUCUUUCCACCUUGGGUCUCGCGCAGAUGAACUUGUCAACAUCUGCGUCAUCUGGAGGAAAAAGGUUCAGUGUAUUCUGUGCGUGUGGCCUAUGAUUGCGAGUUGGGGACCCUCAGACGAGGCUUUGGUUCAAGCCGCUUUUAGUCAGGCACGAUCAUCGUUUUGGGAUGAGGAUGAUGAUGAUGAGAGUUUGGAAGGAGAUAGAGAGGGUGAUGGAGAGAGUGACCUGGAGUAUGGCGAAAUUGAAGAUGAGGAACUGAUGGAUGCUAUUGAGGAGAUUGCAUUGGCAGAUGAAUAUAGGUAUGACCAGAAUAAGGAGCUCGUGGAUGACCUGGAUGACUUGGAUGACAUUGAUAAUGACUUCAUGCCUUCUUCCCCUAUAAAAUCGUUACACAAGCGGCGCAACAUGUAG